UAAGGUCACUUGCUUCCCAGAUCACUUCCUCAGUUUUCAGUAAGUCUGCAUCCAGCUCUCCUCCGAGACAAAGUCAACAUGUUUUUCUCUGCCUUGUUUUCAGCAACCACCUGGACUUUGCUUGCUCUGGUUUUCACCCUGCUGUUACUGUAUGGCAUUUGGCCAUAUAGGUUUUUCAAAAAGCUGGGAAUAUCUGGGCCAACACCCCUUCCUUUCAUAGGAACACUGCUAAACGUCAAAAAGGGAUUUCUUCGUUUUGACCGUGAAUGCCAAGCCAAGUAUGGGGACGUGUGGGGGUUGUUUGAUGGACGAUCGCCGCUUUUAAUGGUGGCGGACCCGGAGAUUAUUAAAACUGUGAUGGUCAAGGAGUGCUACUCUGUGUUUACCAACCGCAGGGACACUAUUGAAGCAGGACCUUUGGCUGAUUCAGUUUCAGCUGUUAAAGAUGAAAGAUGGAAAAGAUUACGUAGCACUUUGUCACCGUGCUUCACCAGUGGACGAUUGAAACAGGUUUUUCCCAUUGUUGCUCGAUAUGCAGACCGAUUGGUUGAAAAACUUGGGCGAACAAAUUUGGAUGAACCCCUCAGUGUCAAACAACUGGUGGCGCCUUACAGUUUAGAUGUUGUGACCAGCGCAUCUUUCAGUGUUGAGGCAAACUCCAUCAACGAUCCAGAUGACCCCUUCAAUGUUCACAUCAAGAACGUUAUUAACUUAAGAUUUUGGCUUUUCUUUGCAAUAAUGAUCUUUCCAUUUGGUGCCCGUCUGAUGAAGCUGCUGGAUAUUGACAUCAUGCCCAGAUCCAGUGUGGAUUACCUCUACAACGUCAUCAAGAAAUUUAAAGAUGAGCACCGAGGAGAAGAAUCUGUGCGAGCUGACUUCCUGCAGGUGAUGGUUCAGAACGAGAUACCAGAAACGGACAUAAAGAGCGAACACGACCAGCCAAGCAAAGGUUUGACUGAGCGUGAGAUCCUCGCCCAAGCCCUCAUGUUUAUCUUUGGUGGCUAUGACACCACCAGCACCACUCUCACUAACAUCCUUUACAAUCUGGCCAUCAACCCUGACGCAUUGCAGAAGUUGCACGAAGAAAUUGAUGCCAACCUACCGAAAGAUGCUCCCGUUUCAUAUGACGACAUGAUCAGUCUUGAGUACCUGGACCAGGUUAUUUGUGAGUCACAGCGUUUGCUUCCCAUUGCACCUCGCCUUGAUAGGAUGUGCAAGAAAACUGUCCAGGUACACGGCCUCACCAUCCCUGAAGGAACCCUGAUUGGGAUUCCUGUGCAAAUGUUACACAUGGACCCACGCUUUUGGAGCUCACCUGAGCUUUUCAGGCCAGAGAGGUUCAGUAAAGACAGUGGAGAGGAUGUGAACCCGUACGCCUACAUGCCGUUUGGGCUCGGCCCUCGUAACUGUGUUGGGAUGCGCUACGCUGUUCUCACCUUGAAGAUGGUUCUCAUCCGUCUCCUGCAGAGUUACACUGUGGAAACAUGCAAAGACACCGUGAUCCCGCUGGAGUUUAACUGGAAGUUCCAGCCGAACACGCCAAUAAAACUCCAGUUUGUUCGCAGACAACAGUAGUCCAAAGGGAGCAUCUCCAAAUAUACCUUGCUUUUGAAUUCCUACAAAUUCCGUUGUUUUUUAAAAGUGUGGUAACUGCUGACAGGAUGGCAUUUAAAGUUUGUACAUUUUGUGUUUAUACUAUGAAACUCAUACUCAGCACUUAGUUCAACACACCUUGAACAUCUGAUUUUUCUUGAUGAUUCAAAUUCAUUCAUUAAUUUUCCAUCACUGCUUAUCCUGUUGGGGGUCGCGCAGUGGCUGCAGCCUAUCCCAGCUGUCUUUGGGCAGGAGGCAGGGUACACCCUGGACAGGUCGCCAGACUAUCACAGGGCUGACACAUAGAGACAGACAACCAUUCACACUCACAUUCACACCUAUGGCCAAUUUAGAGUUACUAAUUAACCUGCAUGUCUUUGGACUAUGGGAGGAAGCUGGAACACCCAUAGAAAACCCAUGCUGACAUUGGGGGGUGCGUGCAGGCUCUGAACAGAGAGGCUCCUCCUCCCUGGGUUUGAGCCAGGAAUCUUCUAGCUGUGAAGCAACAAUACUGUCCACUUUACACUGUGCCACCCCCACUGUGCUGCCUUGUAUCAUAAUGUAACACUUUCUUAUCUUUUUAUGGUGAAUUUACAUGAUGGUGUUAAGUACUCACCUAUUGUAUUUCCUACAUAUUUUUGUAAGUGAAAGAUUAAAGAAUGUCCAGUAAACUGAUCCAAGCACCCA